AUGGCGCCCCUUAUCCUUCACAAUGUUCCCGACGAGGAGCUUUACAUCGGCGACGACGGUAUCAAACGACCCUACGCCAUGGUUUUCCCACAACAAGAAGGCCUUCCCGGCGCCCGUAACCGCCGCGGUGUCGCAGAGACAGGCUCUUUUGGCAAAUCGACACGACGCUCCCGUUCGCGGACGGGAACCCCCGCCGGCCGCCGCGAAAACCCGACAGUAGCAGCCGCCGACAAGAUCUUUGGCGACUGGAUCUCGUCCCAAGCCACAAACUCCAACUCCAACCUCGCUGCCUCGUCAACACCGGGAGGCGGCGCAACGAAUCCUUCUUCGGCCGCGGGCGCGGGCGCCGCACCCCAGCGCAAGACCUCGGGCCUCUCACAGCCACCUCUCCUCGCAUCCGCAGCCGACGACACACCCGCCGCCGCCGCCGAACCCCGCGUCACCCGCCAUGUCCCUACCGAAAUCGUCCUGCGCGGCUACCGCUCCCCAUCGCAACAGUACGCCGCAAUCUCCCAUUAUGAACAGCUCGCCGGCCUCAUCUGCGAGGACUACCCCCGCGAACCACCCCUCGAGCAGCGCCGCUACAAGUCGGAGCUCCGUGAUCCGGCCUUCACCCGCCGCAGGGGUCUUACUGUUGAGGAGCGCGCAAAAGUCAACCGCGCCGACGGCGGCGAGCACUGGAUCAAGGUCACCUUCGAGUCCGCCGACGCUGCCGACGCCGCCGUCUACGCCAGCCCCCAGCGCGUGCUGGGCUACCUCGUCUACGCAGAGCCCUACCACGGCCUUCCACCCGCCCGCGACGAGCCCAUCCCGGAUGUCGACUCCCUCGUGCCCAGCCAUGACGAUCUCGGCCGGUCGCAGUCCGUUCCCGCCGGCAGCUUCGGUACUCACAGGACGCCGCGCAGCAAACACCGCACUGCGGCAUCGAGCAAGCCCAGCGGCAACCCCUUCGCCCUCCCCAAUACCCGCUCCAUGAGCGACCUCUCCCCGCCCACGUCCCUCACGUCCUCCAACACCAUCGAGACAGCCACAUUCUCCAACGCGACAAACUCGUCCGCGACGGUCACAGCCGAUCAGCAACCGACAUUGCUGACCACCGCUACCGCCGAAGACAGCCUCUUCUGCCGGCGCAUCCCCACCGCGCGCAAGGCUAGACUCCUCCCUGCCGAGCAGGCGUUGCUGCCGCAGCAAAGCUACACGCAGAGGCUCGUCAACAUGGUGCCCUUUCUAAAGUGGUUCAGCGGCUCCAUGAUUGGCAACGAGGUGCCGCGCACCGACACCGGCGACUUUGACUGGAACCGCGCCAGCUUAUACUGGAAGGUCAUUUGCUGGCUGGACGCAACCUUUGGGCUCUUUGGUGGCGAGAUUAUGAGUGCCGACAAGGACGACUAA